UUGGAGUAGUAGUGAAUAGUGAUAACAACAAAUUAGUUAAGAAGUAUAGUAUAAUGUCAUUCAAUGUGUACAAAUUGUUUUUUAAAUAGCUAAAGCUACAACAAUUGUUUAACAGUAACAUUACCGAUACGGCGUCGGUGAUACACAAAGUCAAAGUGUUUGUAGACCUACCUGCUACAAACCUCAAACCUGAUGUAUGCUAGACCUAGGCCUAAAAAGUUAUGUUAUCACUCUUAAUCUUGGAACAUGGUGGAAAAAGUGACAGAAUUAUAGACAGAAAGAUGCAAGACAAUGAUUUCCGAAGUAGAUUUGGAUCACCCUUAACCAGAUUCGAAGAUAUCAGCUUGCAAGGAAGUUUUCAUUAAAUAUAUGUUUGAUGAAUCAAAGCAACAUAUCUUUAUGUGUGAUAAGUGUGAAAAUCUUGUUUCCGGAAGGAUAAUUUUAAUAGACAUACGUUGAUUCACAAUUUAGAACAACCUAGCCAGUGUACAUUCUUCAUGGAAUCUUACAAAAAAAAUUCUAGAAAUUCACUUUUAAACUCAUAGGGAAUAACUGUUUCAGUCAACUAAAUGUCCAAGAAGAUUUAAGUUAUGGAUGAAUGUAGCAUAGAAGAAAACCCUUAUCUUUGUGAAGUAUGUCCAAGCUCUUUUAAAACUGAGAAAUGCUUGGAAGCACAUUUACUUACUCACUGUGAAUAUUCCCCAGAUAUAACACCAGAGAAGUCUUUGGAAAACUUUUCUGAGACAGCCCACUUGGAGAAAAAUUUUCAUUGUACGAUUUGUUCUGAAAGCUUCCAUUCCCUGAGAUCGUUAAGGAUACACAUUACUCGCAUACACUCGAAAAGUCAACCCCACCGAUGUUUUACUUGCAAGGAGGUUUUUUUGUCCAGAUUUGAAUUAAAAACGCACGCUUGUGCUCAUACAGAUGAACUUUUCCUUUGUCAUAAGUGCCCUAAAACAUUCACAGUGCUUUCAUACUUAAAGUUACACCUGUUAAAACAUACUGAAGAAAGACCUUAUCAAUGCUCAAUCUGUCAUAAGAGCUUUACCCAGAAAAGUGGUUUAAAGGCACACACGCUGAAGCAUAAUGGUAAACUUGACCAUCAGUGUGACAUUUGCCUGAAGAAGUUUGCUUUGAAGGGGACAUUAUCGACUCAUAUGCUUUGUCAUUACACAAAAGAUAAACCCUAUGAGUGUCCAUCGUGUCAGAAAGCUUAUACGAGCCAGUCAGGGUUGAAGAGACACAUGUUGACUCACUCCGGACUGAGAGUUUACAAGUGCGGUCUGUGUCCAAAAUCCUUCGCAACCCCAGAUGUGUUGAAGCAACACUUAAAGACCCAUUCAAAUGAGCGUCCUUUCAUGUGCGAGUACUGUGGAAAGUCAUUUUCAAGGUCAAACUUUUUGAAACAACACAUGAUGAUUCACACCGGCGAACGGCCUUUUCAAUGUGAUAGGUGUGAAAAAUCUUUUGCUAGAUUAGAAGUUCUUCAAAAACACAUUUUGAGCCAUACGGGUGAAAGACCCCACCAAUGUACAUUAUGUGAAAAGUCAUUUAAGCAAAAGGGUCAUUUAGAAACACACAUGUCGUUCCACUCAGGAAAAAGACGGUAUAAAUGUACAAUUUGCCAAAAAAGCUUCAUAAUGAAUAGUAAUUUGCAGGCACACAAGGCAAUCCACUUAAAGGCAAGAUAUCAAUGUAAGGAGUGUGAUCAGGUGUUUAAAAGACAAAUAGAAUUAAAGAGACAUGCGCUCAUUGCUCACACAAGCAAAGCAUUAAUUUCGAUAAAAUCUUGUGAAGUGAUUCGUGAUAUACCGAUUUCAGGUGAAGUUUUAACGUUGUCUGAUGAAGUCAUACAAGUCACGAAUGACAAACUUAUAGCUUUUUUUAGGAAAGGGCAAUUUGGUGGAAGGUAAGGGUGUGUAUGUCGGAAAAAUCAAACACUGAAGAUCUGUAACUUGUUUUUGCUUUCUUUAUAUAUAUUAGUGGCCUCUUUUAACUUUGCAGCUGCCCAUCCACAUAGGCUUGGUUGGGCCUGUGCCUGGAACUGUGUUGAUAAAAUUUAGUGUUGAGCACCAAGACGCAAACUUACAACAUUGCUAUCAUGGUUUUGUAGUCCAUCGCUGAGCCACUGACUCACCUGAAUUUCUAGAAUUUCAGAACGGCCUUUUAUCCAUCUACAGUUUCUCAGAUCAUAGUCUUUUAUUUUAAGAUAAACAUUGUGAAUUGUUUUAUUGGUUUACAACAAUGCUGUUGUUGUUAUAGAAUAGGUACUGUAUAUACAGUAUAUAAUAGUUUUUUUUUAUUUGAUAGUAUUUUAAAGUUUGUAGCUUGUUAAGCAAAAUCUUUAUGUUUUUAUGGGUAACUAUACCAUUAAUUGUUAAAAAAUCCCGAACAUCCAAAAUUAAGUAGUUAUCGUAAUUCAGGUUCCUUUACAUUUCAGUUCACAUCUUAAGCUUUCUUUGAUACUGGUUUUACUUGUCACAUUCCAGCUACAUGUAAUAGAACGAGAAACAUUUGUAAAAACAUGUGCAUGCUACAUUGCUGAAGGACCUCUUGUAUACAAAAUUGUAAUGUUAUAAUUUUAUCUUUGAUUAAGAUGUAAAAAAACAAAUGUUUUGGCUCAUGAGCCAUUAACUACUAAUUUUAAUUGAAUGAA